AGGGGGGUAAACCGGAGCAAAAACGCAGCACGACAUGAUCAGCAGCAGCAGCGUCUAUGGCUUAAAGAUGCAGUGGACCCCCGAGCACAGCCAGUGGGCCGAGCAGCACUUCGACAUCUCCUCCACCACCCGCUCUCCAGCCCACAAGGCUGAGGCCUACAGGGUGGUGUCGGGCCACCUGCAGCGAUCCGCCGCCUACCAGUACGCCUGGGCCAACGACGACAUCUCCGCCCUGACCGCCUCCAACCUGCUGAAGAAGUACGCCGAGAAGUACUCGGGCAUCCUCGAGAUGCCGGCGUCGUACUCCGAGGCGCCGGGAGCGAUGAACGGACGGAAGGGCGAGCCUGAGCCCUGGCAGGAUGGCGUCUACCCCAUGAGCUGCAUCCCGGAGGGGGUUUCUAUCAGAAAGGGAGGUGUGGCGGCGGCGUCUGAGGUGGUUUCUGGGAUCUGCAGCUCCCCGGGCCUGGCCUCCAGCACCCUGAGCGAGCCCAGCUACUCCAGCAGCAGCUGUGGGAGCCACUCGGUCACUGCCCUUCACUCCUCCUCCAUGCCCUCUCAGGAAUACGGCCCCACGUACAGCGGCUCAUACCUGCACAGUAGUUACAGCUCCCAGUCUGCCCCCACCCCCACGCUCCCCUCCCCUCUGCACAGCUCUGGGCUGCUGCAGCCCCCUCCCCCGCCCUCCCACCCCACAUUAGUCCCAGCUUACAACGGAGGCUCCCCUAACAUGUCCAGUUAUAAUUACCCCCCUGCAGGCUACCCCGCUCAGAGCUCAGUCGGACCAGGAUACAGUCCUGGAGGAGCGCCCCCUCCCUCCUCGUACCUCCCUUCAGGCAUUGCUGCACCCACACCUCUCCCCCCCUCUUCUGCUUUACCUGGAUACCCGUAUCAGAGCCAUAACCUGACCCCGAUCGCCCCCACUCCUCUGAGCAGCAGCUCGUCCAACACGUUGAAGAGGAAGGCCUUCUACAUGACGGGUCAAGGAGAGAUGGACUCGUCUUACGGCAACUUUGGUUACGCCCAGGUUCGGAGCUCGGCAGAAAGCCCCAUGUACCGGGUCGCUGACAGCAGCAGUGCAAACGGGGGCUCCAGCAGCGCAGGCGGGGGUGGAUUUGACAGAAACGCUGAGAAGUCGUCUUUGUCUUUUAAUCCUCAGAAACAGUCCACGAUGCCAUCGGAGCAGCAGAGGAAGUACAGCAGUCAGGCUACAGGUGGGCCACUGACUCCACCAGCCUAUGUGUCCUCCACCCUGGGGGGCUCCCGCUCUGCAGACGCUCUCGCUAACUUCACCUCCCCCUCUCUUAGUGAACAAGGUGCUGAUGAUCACCGGCUCCACCUGUCCCACUCAGCACCAGGGACUGCUUCUUCCUCGUCCACCUCCUCCUCUCGAGUUGCCGAAGAGCAGCUAAAAACCUGUGACCCUCACCUCCUGGAGUUGGUGACCUCGGACGUUGUUCAGCAGGGCCCCCCUGUGGACUGGAACGACAUUGCGGGCCUAGAACUGGCCAAGGCUACGCUGAAGGAAGAGGUCUUGUGGCCCAUUCUGCGUCCAGACAUGUUCAGCAGUCUAGGACCUGCCCCACGGUGCGUGUUGCUUUUUGGCCCCCGGGGCAGCGGUAGGACGUUGCUGGGCCGCUGCCUGGCCAGUCAGCUGGGGGCACAGUUCCUGCAGCUCAGCGGGUCCACGUUAGCUACCAAGUGGCUAGCUGACGGAGAAGAAAUCAUACGAGCGUCGUUCCUGGUGGCGCGUUGCCGGCAGCCUGCGGUUCUCUUCAUCAGUGAGGUGGACAUGCUCCUGUCAGCCCACCUCAGCGAGGAGAGCCCGAUCAACCGGCUGAAGAGGGAACUACUGGUCCAGUUGGACUCAGUUCUUAUGAACGCAAGCGAGGACGGGGGCAGCCACGUCUUGAUUGUUUGCUCCACAAGCAGACCGCAAGACAUGGAGGAAGGCCUGCGCAGGUACUUUACUCGGAGAGUGCUGGUGCCCCUGCCGGACAACGUAGCCCGUCACCAGAUCAUGAACCAGGUCCUGGUCCAGUCUCAGCACAAAUUCUGCCUAAGCGAAGAGGAACUGGCCCUGCUGGUGCAGCGUACGGAGGGUUUCUCCGGACUGGAUCUGGCCAGACUUUGCCAGGAGGCCUUCGUAGGUCUGUUGCAUGUCUCCGCACAGGGCAUGGACAUGACUGGCAUGAUGCCCCGGGGCCAGAUCCGGCCCCUCACCUACCAGGACAUUGAAAGUGUCUGUUGUAAAUUUCAAGCCAGUAUAUCACAGAAAGAGAUUGACACUUACGCCGAGUGGAACAAAAUGUUCGGCUGCAGCCAGUGAAGAGAUUGACACUGCCCUUGAGAAAAAAAAAAAGAGAGGCUCCCACGAUUCCUCCCCUCGGGGCAAAAGCAUUACGCUAGAGGGAAAAGGCGCACAGAAGGCCAACACAAGCCCAUUGUGAUGUAACGAGCGGGGUUCAGAUGCACCCAGGAAACCUAGUUUGACGAGACAGCAAGCAGUUUUUCAUUAACGA